GCGCCUUCUGCGAACUGAUCCCUCACCUCUCUCUCUUUCCCUCUCCGACGAAGAAGCCCCGCCACCGUCAGUCCCGACGAUGCAGCAGCGGCGCGUCGCCUCCGGCCGGCCGUCAGGAACGGACGGCUCCGACUUCUCCUACCGCAUGGUCGUCGACUCCCGGUACCAGAGGGUCGCUGAGGGUAGAUCCCGCCUGGCCCGCCUCAUCCUCGUGCAGGCGCUGCACCAGGUGGCCGGGGGCGCGCUUCUGUUGCUCUCGUUGUCCAAGGGGGUGGAGGCGAACAAGUUCGCAGUGCUGUCAGUAGCCGCGGGACUGCUGGCUAUUGUGGUGGGGGAAUUAGGGCGGAGGCGGACAAUGGCAGUGCUGCUUCGGCUGUACACAAGCUUGUCAUCAAUUGCUGUUGCAUUCUCUGUGACGUGCAUUAUUCGGUCAGAAUUGUUCUUGAAGGUUAUGAAGCAGAACACAGCAGCCAUAACAAGCUAUGAACUGAUCGAUGCGGUUCGUGUUGCCCUCGGUGUCCUGCUGCAAUUGGUGGUCAUAGCUACAACUACCAGACUUCUGCAAAAUAUGUCUCCUCCCAAGAGAGCUUCAUGAAUGACAUUGUAGAUGUGCUCUGCAUAGAACAUACAUGCUUUUCGGUUAAAUAUUGACCGAGUGCUAUAGUCAAUUAGACAUGUAACGAAGCGGCAAUUGGUGCAAAACCUUCUCGGCAAUCAUGAGUUACUUGUUUAUUUCCUCUUUUGUUCUCCUUCCCUCUGUUGACCUGGUUUGGAAAAUUGUGGUGCUCGGUGGCGCAUUGAAGUUAAAAGGCUAAUGAAACAUUUCUAUUGCUCAUCUCA